CUUUUCGUCAAGCCCACCAGCACCCAUCCAACUUUUAGGGAACUAGAGAGCGAGCUAGGACAGCAGCAUAGGCCCAGCACCUAGAGUUAGCGCGCAGGCAGCAGAUUCAUCUUCCUAACGAAAACUACUGCGAGAUUUGGGUUGUGACAAGUGUUGGUAGUUUCCCGCGGAUAGAAUGUUCAGCGUCGGAGUCUCUUAGCCUUGCACUAUUUUCCCUCUUGUUUCCACCUCCCCUCCGCACUGUGCGUGUGGCUGAGCGGGGACAAGGCAGCCCUACUCCCCACGAUGAUGCACGGCAAGCUCGCGGCGCCGGGCGUGGUGAAGCUGGACCAGGUGCCGCGAUGGACGGAGCAGGACUUCGCCUCCGCGUCGCUGGGCGGCACGGCGCUCGACGACAUGGCGCUGGCGGCGGACCUCAUGGGGCUUGACGCGCCGGGACUGGCGCCCCCGGGGUACGCUGCACUGGAAGGCGCGGCAGGCGCGGCAGGCGCGCCGAGCUACGCGGCGGCGAUCGCGGCGACGAGUGACGCGGGCGACGAGGAGGCGGGCGGGUUCGACGACCCGCUGACGGAGCGCGGCAUGGAGCUGCGCGGCCGCGGGCGCGGAUCGGGGGGCUCGGCGAAGUUCCCCGUGAGCGCGGAGCUGAACGCAAAGAUAUACGUGUGGCGCGGGUGGCCGUGGGCGCUGGAGGUGGACGCCGUGGUGAACUCGACGAGCGAGGCGCUGGACCCCGCCUUCUCCACGCCCGGCCUGCACGACGACGCUGGCCCCGGCCUCGCCGAGGAAUGUGCCGCGCUGGGAGGGUGCAGAACGGGCGAGGCGAAGAUGACAGGCGCGUACGAGCUGCCCGCCAGGCGCGUGAUCCACACGGUGGGGCCGCGGUACACGGACAAGUACCAGACGGCCGCGGAGAACGCGCUGAGCCGCUGCUACCGCAUCUGCCUCGAGCUGCUGCUGGAGAACGAACUGCGCAGCAUUGCGCUGGCGCCCAUCUACUCGGAGGCGAAGGGCUAUCCACGAGAGCCCGCUGCACACGUGGCCAUCCGCACGGUGCGCCGGUUUCUGGAGAAGCACGGGCGGGGCAUGACGGCCGUGGUGCUCUGCAUCCAGUCCGACGACGACCACGACAUCUACAAACGGCUGCUGCCGCUGUACUUCCCGCGCGACGCGGCGGAGGAGGCGGCGGCGCAGGGGCUGCUGCCGGCGGACGUGGGCGAUGAGAACGGCGAGAUCGUGAUCGCGGAGCGCAUGAUCCGCAUCUCCAAGAUGCCCGGCCAAACCAACGGGACCCCCGCUGCCAGCACGUCGAGUGCGGUGAUCCCAGCGCAGUCAUCGGGGCUGCUGUCGCUGUCGUCGCCGCUGGACGACUCGCUGCUGGACCCGGCCUUCAUCAGCAUGGCCAAGGACCCCGACCAGCGCCGCGUGGAGCAGCGCGAGCACGCUGUGGCGUCGGCGCAGACGGGGUGGAUCUGGCUGUGGGCGCGCUGCCUGGGGCUGGACCUGGGCGACACCGUGGUGUCGCUGCUCACCGCAGGCGAGCAGCUGGCCCUGCACGGGCGCUACCUGGCACGCGCAGAGAAGCUGGACCUGUCAGAGGUGCAGGACAUGCGCAUCAUGUAUCGGGGUGGCACGGAUUCAGCAGGGCGCUCUGUGAUGGUGGUGGUGGGGGCGCACUUCCUCGUGCGCUGCCUGGACCUCGAGAGCUUCAUCUUCCACGCCGUCAAGGAGUUUGAGCCCAUCAUCAACCGCCCCUUCACCAUUGUUUAUUUCCAUGCCGCCACUGCCUUGCCAGCCGUGGCUGACUUCGGCUGGAUGAAGCGCCUUCUCAAUGUGCUCGGGCCAAAAUUCAGAACCAAUUUGCAUACGGUGUAUGCAGUGCAUCCGGACGUGCGGCUCAAAGGGACCGUGUGGGGCAUGCAACUGCUGGUGGACCCGUUGGUGUUCAAGAAGGUGAAGUACGUGGGCAGAUUGCUCGAGCUGUUCAGACAUGUAUCACGAGAACAGAUAACCAUCCCAGAAUUCGUGUUCAUGCAUGAUGUGGAAGUUAACCCCCAGGAUGUGGUUACCAUGAGUUUCCAAACACGCUUCGUCUCUCCCCAAGCUCGUCUUCCUGCACCUGCAUGAACGAUAUAGUGUAGGAAUCUCAUAACUUGGUUAGUAUAUAGCGUAAAGUUUAUUCUCUGUUCUAGUGGAUGCCUGAAAGCUAGGGCCUCCCUAAUUGUGAAUUAACAUGUAUUGCAGUUACUAGUGUAAAUGGUA